AUGGGCAAAAUAUCGGUGGAGGAGUUGUCGAAGCACAACACCGUUGAUGAUGCCUGGAUAGUCAUCAACGGAACAGUAUGGGACGUGACCAAGUUCGCGCCGACGCACCCUGGGGGUUCAGAGAUCAUUCACGAGUAUCUUGGUGGGGACGCCAGUAAUGCGUACAAUGAGGUCCAUGGUCCCAGCGUUGCUGAGAAGCAUCUGGACGCAUCAGAGAACAAGGGUCGUCUCGACGAAUCGACCGUGACGGAUGAGUGGCGCUCGAAGCAGGCCGACCAGCAUGAAGGGUCAACGCCACUUCCAGAGGAAGGUCGACCGCCCUUGGACGCCAUCAUCAACCUCCACGACUUCGAAGAAGCUGCCAAACGGACACAUUCACGCAAGACGUGGGCGUUCCAGAUGACGGCUGCUAAUGAUUGCUUCACACGGGACGCGAACGCAGACUUCUACAAACGGAUAUGGUUUCGGCCGCGAGUCAUGGUUGGCGUCAAGAACGCGACGACACAGGCCACUGUCCUCGGACAAAAGUUCAAACUGCCCAUUUUCUCAUCACCAGCAGCACUGGCGAAGCUUUCCCACCCAGAAGGCGAGCUUGCCAUGGCGCGUGGCCUAGCGGCUUCCGGAUCCACGAUCAUUGCAUGCGCCAAUGCCAGCUACUCCUUCGCUGAAAUAGCGGGAGCUUUGCCCGCAAAUCAUCCAAUCUUUUAUCAGCUGUACAUGAAUAAGGAUCGAUCGAUAUCAGAAAACCUGAUCAAGGAGGUGUCGAAGAACCCCAACCUGAAAGCAAUCACUGUCACAGCCGAUCUACCUGUGGUCGGCAAACGCGAAGACGACGAGCGGGUGAAAAUUGAAGCUACCUACAAGGCAAGCAAAAAUAUGCAAAGUCAAAACGUGAAACGCGACAAUAAAGGCUCAGGUCUGGCACGAGCCACUGGAAGCUUCAUCGACCCGGACCUCAAAUGGGAAGACAUCACCUGGUUGAAGUCGAUCACGGAUGUGCCUAUCUUUGUGAAAGGCAUCCAAUGCGCAGCGGAUGCGCGAAAGGCUCUGGACUACGGUUGUGCAGGCAUCUACAUCUCGAAUCAUGGUGGCAGAGCCGUCGAUACUGCACAGCCUUCGAUACUGACACUCUUGGAGAUACAGGCCAACUGUCCAGAAGUGCUCGAGCAGAUGGAAGUCUUCAUCGAUGGUGGCAUUCGUCGUGGCACUGAUGUGCUGAAGGCGAUUUGUCUGGGAGCAAGCGCUGUCUGUCUUGGUCGGCCAUUUUUGUAUGCCGUAGGAUAUGGUCAAGAAGGUGUCGAGCACGCUGUUGAGAUAAUACGCGAUGAGCUAGAGACAGCCAUGCAGAUGAUCGGAAUCACCUCGCUCGAUCAAGCACACCCGGGCUUGCUGAACACGAGCGAGCUCGAUCCAUAUGUCUACAGAGGAGAUACACAUCCAUGGGCCAGGAAGAUUGUUCGGCGGAACUUGCAGACACGACCUCUCAAGUCGAAGCUGUAG